GGCUGGAAUUUUCUUCAUCGAAACACAUCUUUUUCUUUCGAUUUGAUGAUUUAAAAAAGAACGCCGAUGAUUGGAAGAGUGUGUCCCAAGGUCAUCAGCUGAUACUCUUCGUGUAAAAGUUUUUCUUUUUUGACUCGGAAAGUGUUUUAAAAAUCACGAAACAAGUGGUUUUUCUCAGUGUUUAUGCAGUGGUUACUUUUGUCGUCUGUUCCGUUUUCAUUUGACAUCCAAUGGAUUCAUGUCUUCUCCAUGCCGAUUCGCCUGUAGUGGUCGUCGAUCGAAGACGAGCUAGCUGGGCUGCAUCGACUACAACAGAUGCAAAAACACCAUUUUUAUGUCUUGGAAGUAGAGGAGUCUACAUGAGUCCUGUACCAGAAGUAUCCUCGCCUGCCAGAGAUUCACCUCCUAUGCCUUGGUUUGGAAUCGACAUAGGCGGAUCUCUGGUCAAAGUUGUGUAUUUUGAACCAACGGAUGGCUCGGAGGAAGUAUCCGAUGCCCACCAGAACUUGAAGGAGUUCGUCAAAGGUAGAUCUGCUUACUGCAAUAUUGGCACCAGAGAUGUCCAUUUACAGAUGGAUGAUGUGGUGGUGAAUCAUCGGCGAGGAUCUCUGCAUUUCAUUCGCUUCCCCACUAGCGAGAUGAAGAUGUUACUUCGUCUAGUGAAGACCAAGAGGAUUGCCUCUGUCUCUAGUACAGUCUGCGCCACAGGUGGAGGUGCCUACAAGUUUGAAGAGGAUUUCCAGAAGGAAGUAUUUUUAACGAUCCACAAAUUUGACGAGAUGGAUUCCCUCAUACGGGGCAUUCAGUUUGUAGAACAAUACAACCGAAGAGAAUGCUACUAUUGGAGUGAACCCGUUGAUGAUGAGAAAUGCAAAAAGGUGCCUUUUGACUUCAGUAAUCCCUACCCUUUCCUAGUAGUCAAUAUUGGUUCAGGAGUCAGCAUUCUAGCCGUGUAUUCAGAAAACGAGUACAAACGUGUCACGGGUACCAGUUUGGGUGGAGGCACAUUUCUUGGUCUGUGCAGCUUACUGACGGGCUGCGACACUUUUGAAGAAGCCAUAGGAUUGGCAGAGAAAGGUGAUAGCACAAAAGUCGACAAAUUAGUAAAGGACAUUUACGGAGGUGAUUAUCUGAAGUUCAAUCUCAGCGGAAAUACGGUUGCGAGCAGCUUCGGGAACAUGAACAGCAAAGAACGGCGAGCCUUAGCAUCUAGGGAAGACUUAGCCAGAGCCACUCUCGUUACCAUCACCAAUAAUAUUAGCUCCAUCGCAAGAAUGGCAGCAUUAAAUGAGGGUAUUCAAAGGGUCGUAUUUGUUGGCAACUUUCUCCGGGUGAAUACUAUUUCAAUGAAACUUCUAGCUUACGCUAUGGAGUUUUGGUCCACAGGAGCUUUGAAAGCGUUGUUCCUUGAACAUGAGGGUUAUUUCGGAGCUGUAGGAUGCCUACAAGAACUGAUGAGGAAUCCAGGAGCAACUUAAUUUUCACCAAUUAAUGCUUAUAUUUUUAAUUUUUGUAAUAAGAAUUUAUGUGUAUAAUGUACCUCAUUUAUGCUGAUGUUUUACUAAUAAAUGUUAUAUUGUUGUCAAUAUAAAUAAA